GUUAAUUGAAAUGGAUUAACGUUAUCCAUUGCUACCAAUUUGGUUUGAACUCGCAGCACCACAGACAAGGGAAAUUGGCGGAAGGGGCGUGGCGUUUUCUGCAUGAGAAACUGUAGAGGAAGGUAUGGGAAUGGAGAUGGCUACUGGAAGCAGCAAUCUCUAUGCCAGUUAAGCGCAUCCCCUCCUCUCCCACCCAUUUCUCUGAAUCUUAAUCUCUUCAUGGAAUUGCCUUCCAUUAAUUUCCAUUCCUGAUUGUUCAUCUUGAUUCUCCCUCUGAUUUUUGCAAAGUGCGUCGAGUGUAGGAUUUCGAUCCGAAAUUGUGGGUUGUUCUUUUCCAGAUUCUUGAAUUUGUGUUAAUUUUUGUAUUUUUCCGUGCUUGGGAUCUCUGUUGAUGUUCGAUUUUGUUUGGAGAUCGAGGUUUAGGGUUUUUGAUAGAUUAUGAUCAACUCGCAAAUUGGAUCUGUCAGGGGAUAUUUGAUUCCUGGCGGAGAUUUUCUUCUACAAGAGGGAGAAUCUUCUUAAUCAGGUGAUAAUCAAUUCAAUGGCAUCAUCUGGGGGGUUUUUGUUAAUCUGUAUGCUUCAUUCUCUGAUUGCUUUAACUUGUGGAGCGUUAAUGAUGUUUUACUCCCACGAGGUCUAUGUGUUUGGCCAUGGCCCUGAAACAGCGAUCAAGCUGCAGGGAUCUAGCUCCCACGAUCAGCUUCUGAUAAGGACAUCUGAUUCCUUCUCUGGUUUGCUUCUCUUUACUGUUGGGUUUCUUUUAUUCAUGGUGGCAUUUGUCAAAGAUAGAGAGUUUCAAAGCUUCUUUGCUAAAGGAUGCGUGUUGCUUCACCUUGCCAUGGCCAUAUGGAGAGUUUAUUUCGAGAGAAAGCUUGAGGAUCUCGCCCAAGAUUGGCCUCGACAGGUCGUUGGGGAUGUUACAUUGGCAUUGUCAUGGGUCUUCUUUCUUGUGUAUUCAUGGAGAGAAAAGUACGAUUAACUCCAGAAUCGAAGUUCAACUCCAUGCCAAAAUGGGGUUUUGGACCAUGAAUGUAACCCCUGGAGUUGUAACCGGGGCAAGGAACAACUCGUGAUAGGCUUCUUGGCAAAAUGACAUAAA